AAUACACUCACCACUUUCUAACCUAAAAAAUAACCUGUUUUUUGGUGAGGAAAAAAGGUAAAUAGUGCCUUAAACUUUUUUAUUACUCACCCUGCAGUUUCUUUUCUGAUUCCGAGAUGCUUGUGAGAGCUUCAGCUAUCUAGGAACGUGUAUGCUGCUGCUUGACCACGGAGUAGCAGUAUGGUUUGAAGUGGUGAACAUGGAUUUUUCUCGGCUUCACAUGUACAGUCCUCCCCAGUGUGUGCCGGAGAACACGGGCUACACGUAUGCGCUCAGUUCCAGUUAUUCUUCAGAUGCCCUGGAUUUUGAGACCGAGCACAAAUUGGACCCCGUAUUUGAUUCUCCACGGAUGUCCCGCCGUAGUUUGCGCCUGGCCACAACAGCAUGUACCCUGGGGGAUGGUGAGGCUGUGGGUGCCGACGGCGGUGCCAGCAGUGCUGUCUCCCUCAAGAACCGAGCGGCCAGAACAGCGAAACAGCGCAGAAGCACAAACAAAUCAGCUUUUAGUAUCAACCACGUGUCAAGGCAGGUCACGUCCUUUGGCGUCAGCCACAGCGGCACUGACAGCCUGCAGGAUGCUGUGACUCGACAGCCUCCUGUACUGGAUGAGUCUUGGAUUCGUGAACAGACCACAGUGGACCACUUCUGGGGUCUUGACGAUGAUGGUGAUCUUAAAGGUGGAAAUAAAGCUGCCAUUCAGGGAAAUGGGGACUUGGGAGCCGCCGCUGCCACCACGCACAACGGCUUCUCCUGCAGCAACUGCAGCAUGCUCUCCGAGCGCAAGGACGUGCUCACGGCGCACCCCGCGGCCCCCGGGCCCGUGUCGAGAGUUUAUUCUAGGGACAGGAAUCAAAAACCUCAUGCCAGUUACUGUGGGAGAAUGAAUGUGAGAGAGGUUCUCAGAGAGGAUGGCCACCUCAGUGUAAAUGGGGAAGUGCUGUGCGACGACUGUAAGGGCAAGAGGCACCUCGACGCGUACACAGCUGUCCACUUGCAGUCGCCACGGCCGCCCAGGCGGGCAGGGACCCUCCGGCACAUCUGGGCUUGUGCAGGUUACUUCUUGCUGCAGACUCUGCGCAGGAUCGGAGCUGCGGGCCGGGCUGUGUCUAGGACGGCGUGGUCGGCCCUGUGGCUGGCCGUGGUUGCUCCAGGGAAGGCAGCCUCCGGAGUGUUCUGGUGGCUGGGGAUUGGAUGGUACCAGUUUGUUACUUUGAUUUCUUGGCUGAAUGUGUUUCUUCUUACCAGGUGCCUUCGAAACAUCUGCAAGCUUUUAGUCUUGCUCGUCCCACUCCUCCUUUUACUCGCAGGUCUCUCCUUACGGGGCCAGGGCGAUUUCUUUUCGUUCCUGCCUGUGUUGAACUGGGCAAACACGCAUAGAACACAGCGGGUGGAUGACCCCCAGGAUGUAUUUAAACCCGCGACUUCUCGCCUGAACCAGCCUCUACAGGGUGACAACGAGGCUUUUCCAUGGCAUUGGAUGAGUGGCAUGGAGCAGCAGGUGACCUCCCUUUCUGGACAGUGCCACCACCAUGGCGAGAAUCUCCGAGAGCUGACCACUUUGCUUCAGAAGCUGCAGGCUCGGGUGGACCAGAUGGACAAUGGCGCUGCCGGGCCAUCAACAUCGGUCAGAGAUGCUGUGGGACAGCCCCUGAAGGAGACUGACUUUAUGGCUUUUCACCAAGAACAUGAAGUGCGCAUCUCACACUUGGAAGAUAUUCUGGGAAAACUGAGAGAAAAAUCUGAGGCCAUCCAGAAGGAAUUAGAACAGACCAAGCAAAAAACAGUCAGUGCGGUUGGUGAGCAGCUCCUGCCCACGGUCGAGCACCUCCAACUGGAGCUGGAUCAGCUAAAGUCAGAGCUGUCCAGCUGGCGACACAUGAAGACUGGCUGUGAGACAGUGGAUGCUCUACAAGAAAGAGUGGAUGUGCAAGUCAGAGAAACGGUGAAACUCCUGUUUUCCGAAGAUCAGCAAGGCGGCUCUCUGGAACAGCUGCUACAGAGGUUCUCGUCGCAGUGUGUGAGCAGAGGCGACUUGCACACAAUGCUGCGAGACCUGGAGCUGCAGAUCCUGAGGAACGUCACCCACCACAUUUCCGUGACCAAGCGGCUCCCAGCCUCGGAAGUCGUGGUGUCUGCUGUGAGCGAGGCGGGGGCGUCUGGAAUAACAGAGGCGCAAGCACGUGCCAUCGUGAACAACGCCUUGAAGCUGUAUUCCCAAGAUAAGACUGGGAUGGUGGACUUUGCUCUGGAAUCUGGUGGUGGCAGCAUCCUGAGUACUCGCUGUUCUGAAACGUACGAAACCAAAACGGCCCUGAUGAGUCUGUUUGGGAUCCCGCUGUGGUACUUCUCGCAGUCCCCACGCGUGGUCAUCCAGCCUGACAUUUACCCCGGUAACUGCUGGGCAUUUAAAGGCUCCCAGGGGUACCUGGUGGUGAGGCUCUCCAUGAUGAUCCACCCAGCCGCCUUCACUCUGGAGCAUAUUCCUAAGACGCUGUCGCCAACAGGCAACAUCAGCAGCGCCCCCAAGGACUUCGCCGUCUAUGGAUUAGAAAAUGAGUAUCAGGAAGAAGGGCAGCUUCUGGGACAGUUCACGUAUGAUCAGGACGGGGAGUCGCUCCAGAUGUUCCAGGCCCUGAAAACACCCGACGACAGAGUUUUCCAAAUAGUGGAACUUCGGAUUUUUUCUAACUGGGGCCAUCCUGAGUAUACCUGUCUGUAUCGGUUCAGAGUUCAUGGCGAACCUGUCAAGUGAAGACGCUACUCAUUAUUUUUGUACAUUUUUGUAUAUACUGGGACAGCCUGAAACACUGGAAUCCUUCGUGGACGAGGGCAUAUACACUGAUGGGACAGUGCCACUCCUUCAAUAAACGUGGCUGCUGGCCAGGGACUAGAGCGUGUGACGGGCGCCCUGGCGCCACCUGUUGGGUGCUCACUGACUGCAUGCGCAGAGGGGUCAGCAGCAGGGGGAAGCGUGUUGAACACGUGUCUCAGACGCUCCUUGUUUUUAAUGGGAAGUUCUUUGUAUUUGCAUUUCCUUGACAACAGGAGCAAAGCAGAGGAAGCUGAGAGUCUGGCGUGUUCUUGACGCUUUGGUCUUGAGCCUUGCACUGGCUCUUCUAAAGGACUUUUGGAGGGCAGAUAAUUUCAUCUGUUAAAUCCAACACACAUUUCUUUCAGGGAAAAACAAUGUCACCAAAUUUUCAGAGUUCUAAACUCCUUUCCUUCAAGCCGGGAUUUUCCUUUAUUCAGCACCAGUACGUACUAAGUCUCCAGAUGGGGAAAUGACUAAAAUGGGUUUUUCUGCUUUGUUUGCUCUACUUCUGAGAAAGGUUUCCAGUCUGGACUCGCUGUACCAAUAUCCGUGGUGGAAUAUGGGAGCGUUUCAUUCUCCUUGUAGGCUGAAGUCAGUCUGACUUGAAGGAGGCUGGUUUAGAUCUAAACAAACACCCAGAUGGGGUUCUUUGGCCUCAGCAAGGCUUUUCCUGUUGGGAUUCACAGUAAACAGAAACCCAGAAAUCUCACCUUGGGUGUUUUCAGGGGUCGUUUUGAGUUUUGCUGAAUAGGGAGCACGAGAUACCCUGAGCCUUCCUCUCUUCACUGGUGGUGAUCAGAGGAGCUGUCUGGUGUGUCAGGGUCGUGAAGCCGUUACAUUUCAGGACGAUCCUCUUUCCUUCAGCAGCACUUCUUACUGGCUCUGGCUGGAAUCUGCCUUUUAUCACAGCUGUCACCAUUCUCACGUGAUUCUCGUGAGACACUCUGGUUAUAAUUACUAUUUAAUAUUUAGACUGUUUUACUGAGCAGACUUUAUAAUAAUGAGAUAUCUGCAAGGCACUUAAAGUGUUACAGAUGUUUUACCUUAAGAAUUAUUUAAGUUGUGUUGGGUUAAGACAGUUUUCGGUGUACCAUAAAUGUUGUGUUUUCAGAAAAAGACAAAACGAUGGUGCUGACUGGUUUUCUGUAUAUUGCACAACAGUCCUCAAAUCCACGAAACUAUUCAUACAUCAAGCAGCAUUUUUUUCACUCUCCUUAGAAUUGGAACUAUGCAGUUAAAGCGGAUAAAAUGUACAGAUGUUUCAUAUAUUACAGGUUACAUAUAUAAAUCAAAAUUUCCUAUAUAAAACUGAUUUGGGAUUUGGGGUGGAAAUAUUUUGAAUAUUUAUUUUUAAAGAUGCAAGAUAGGACUUUGUGCAAUGUAUUUUUGUAAAUGCUUUUCAAAAUAUCUGUCUUUGGUAGUGCUGCUGCUGCCACCAAAUUGGUAAGAUGCUAUUAAGAGGUUUAAAUAAAGAGUUUUAAUUUUUAAAAG